CCAUAGUCAGAGAGAGAGGUCACAUGGAGUUUCUCUUGAGAGAAAGUAGGCGGAGGAGGUAGGAAGGCUGGAAAGGUAGCAAGCCCAGACAAAACACCUAGAGCUCAGUUGCGAGGUCAGGCUCCAGGAAUAGAUACUCUGUAAUUGUGUGUGGAACACGAAUCAGUAGGAGAGAAGACUAGAAGACUAUGUGCUGGACCGUGCAAAGCACACCUACUGGAAUCCGCUGGAGUAUUAGGCCUCCCCCACUAAGCUGCAAAACUUCCAUACCUGCCGCCUGGUCAACAUCUAGUCGUUUAGUCACAUCACCAGCUAUCGCCAAGGUCACGCAUCCCCUCAUCACGUCUCAUUGAAGCUGAACCGACUCUCACGAUCGCUCUGGGUUAGUGCUGAACGAACGGGUCUGCAUCUGCAUUGAACGUGUGUGUAACUGCAUUGCGAGGGCCGAGCACCAUGGUGGAGAUGCGGGAUCACGCGCUAGGGAUCGUGCUGCCCGUGGUCGUGUACUGGAUAUAUGGCGGCUUCCUGGAUUUCCUCGACAGUAUGGACAUUAAGGUCAUGAAUCGAUGGCGGCUGCACAGUCGAAGCGACGAGCAGAAACUCAACCUCGUUUCCAAAGGAGCCGUCGUGCGAGGAGUGCUUCUCCAGCAGCUGCUGCAGGUCGUCGUCGCCGUGCUUCUCUUCCUGGUGGACCCCAACAGUCAGAACCACGGGGAGUCGCCGCCCAGCGUGUGGGUGCAGGUGGCGCAGGUGGGCGUGGCAAUGGUGGUGAUGGACGCGUGGCAGUACUUCUGGCACCGCCUCAUGCACGAGAGCCGCUUUCUUUACAGGAACCUGCACAGCUGGCACCACAGGCUGCUGGUGCCGUACGCCUAUGGCGCCCUCUACAACCACCCCCUCGAGGGGCUCAUUCUCGACACCUUUGGCGGCGCCGUCUCCUUCCUUGCGUCCGGCAUGCAUCCGCGCACGGCUAUCUACUUCUUUACCUUCGCCACCAUGAAGACCGUUGAUGACCACUGCGGCCUCGUUCUGCCCUUCAGCCCCUUCCAGCGGUUCUUCCACAACAAUGCCGCCUACCACGACAUCCACCACCAGCUGUCUGGCUUCCGCUUCAAUUACUCGCAGCCCUUCUUUCCCGUGUGGGACAUGCUCCUGGGCACGCACAUGCCCUUCGCGCUCGUCAAGCGGGCGGAUGGCGGCGUAGAGGCCAAGGCAAUCCGCCCUUCCUCUCUCUCCUCUGACGCCAAGUCCACUGCUGCUGCUGCUGCUGCCAAGGCUGCAGGAGCUGCUGCUGCUGCUGCUGCUGCGAAUGGGGGUGGGGAUGGGGAGCGCGAGGAUAAGAAGAACGACUAAGGGCUGAGGUGUGCUGGAGUUGGGCUGUGGGGGCCGAAGGGCAAGGUUUUUUUCUAGAGACUUCCCUCCCGGGAUGGGAGUGUGGGUGGUGUGGAGAGAAGGAGCAGGAUGCUGUGUGGGAAUAGCGAGAAUUGCGCGAGAAGUGUGGGAAGUAUGAUAUGUGUGAUAAGUGUUCAGCGGCACAUCCCAGAGUCCCUCCCACUGGAGCGGUUGUUGGGUGGCAUCUAGCCAACCAUCCCAUCUGCUACUGGAGAGAUUGCUGAUUCCGCAUGUCCUCUCGUCCCGUUGCUCACGACCCCUCAGCAGCAGCAGCAGCAGCAGCAGCAGCAGCAGCACUGUUGUUUCAUGUUUCCCAAUCUCCACUGCUGCCACCAUGCAUGCAACACCACUUGCAAAGAAGCCCCUCUGCUCCACUCAAGGCCGCCCUUCCCAGCGUUGCGUUCCAAUGCGCUGCGCUGCGUUGCGUUGCAGUGCAGUGCAUUGCUUGGUGCUCCAGCCUGUUGGAGUGUGUGCGGUGCCGUGCCGUGCCACACAUUCUGGUAUGGGCAUUCUGACAUUGACGAGAUGAUGCCAUGCCCGGAGUGCAUCUCAGACAGCUGCAAGCUUUCUAUUCCCAUGCGGAUGCGCGCUUGCAUGCCAUAUCAUUGCUUUCUGCUUGCUCAGUUAUACUGUGUAGUGUUCCCUGUCAAGCCGAAGAUAGCUGAAGUAGUACAGUAUGUGCUUCGCUUCUCACUGCCAGCAUGUAACACUGCAUGAUGCAUUAAGGAGUGAGGGGUGGUGCAAUGCCACAUCUGCACCCUUACUGGUUGGACAGUGGGUAGGCUGAGCAGUUUUGCUAAUUCCUGUACCAUUUGUCUGGGAGUACUUUCAUUACAAAGCAGAAG